GUUGUAUAGUCUUUGUGCCAUUGAUUUGUUUUUUUUUUAUUAGCUUGCUUGUAAUGAAGUUUGCAACAUAAAAAAUAAUCCAACGUAAAACCUACUCUUGAAAAUUGCCAGUUGUGUUUUACAACAUCAACGGUCGUGUGUUCAAUUUUGCUGUUUUCGUUGCAUGGCAAAUUCAUUCGUUUGUCUCAUUCGUUGAGUUAGUUUCGUUAAUCAACGUAUGUGGUUCGAUUUCGUGAUCAUUUUUUUCGGACUUCAGUGAACAAUAAGUGUGAACUAGUAGUUAAUUCAAUUAAAUUAGUAUUCACAACAAUAUCGGCAUCAUUUUAUUUCCUAUAUUUAUCGAUACGACGAAAAAAAAGAGCAAAAUUAAAAAAGAAAUGACGACAACAAAGAAAAUUGUUUCAAUCUUUAUUGUGGUGACCGGUCUGGUUUUGUUUAAAUCAGUUGCCACCGAAGAUCCCGUCUCAUUAAUACUUCGAUUAAUUCAAAAUAAUUUAGUUGGCGCACCAGUUGUGCAUCAAGUGACCGAAUGGGAAUUUGAUCCAGAUGUGGCGAUACAGCGGCGAGAACUAUUCCAAAAGGUGAAUGGCUUUCGGGGUGAAAAAUUGAUUGAACGCAUCGGCUUAGGCACAGACGGUUUACAUAAUGAACGUUUGGCCAUUCAACGUGAACGUGACGAAGGUCUACUAGGUGGUACCAUACAUAAAAUCAAACAUGGCAUCAAUAAUGUCGAAUAUUAAUUUUUAAAUUUUGUAAACAAACAAAAAAGUAUAUGUAAAAAUCAGAGUAUUCUUCUAAGAAAUAAACUAUUAAAAAAAUGGAUAUGUAAAAAUAUAUUGGCUUUGACAGUUUAAA